AACACCACACAAAGUCCUCCGCAUUCAGUUGUAGUGUCCGCCUGUUUGUAGGGACUCACUAACUCAGACUGAUCAGUUCUGACACCAAAACGAUAUUGAUAAACACAAGCGAACGGAUAAACCUCUGAAACCAGACCCAAAAACUGAAAGAUUUUUUUUUUUAUCUUUCUAUAUUUUGUUGUUGGUUGUGAAUUCUGAGAACCCAUUUCUGAUGAGACUCUGAGUGUCGAAACCCACUGCCCAAAAUUCCUUCUUUUUUGAGUCUGCAUGAGGAGGAAGGAACCCAUUUGGUCCUCCUUCAAGCCAGAGUACUUGAAGAAGCAACCAUGGCUGCUAUGUUCAUCAAUACCCACUCACCCUCUUUCGGUUUCUUCAAAUUUUCGCUUCGCCAAGUUUCUCUAUCGGCGCCGCCUUCUCGAGUCUGCACUCGCUUCGCUUCUCGCAGGAGGUUUAGUUUUCAUCCUCACAGUUCCUGCAGAUUUGACAAUUUAGUUUCAAGGUGUUCAAUAACAAACACGGACGUACAGUUCAACCAGGUUGCCACUGAGGAUGAGCUCCUAGAAGAUUUUUCAGCAGUUGAAUCUAACUGUUCAGUCCCGAUUGUUCAUCUCAAAUCCGAAAUUCUUGAGACUGAAUCACUGAAUUUGCUGACCGAAGAGACUUAUGUAGAUAGUCUAUUGACGAAAUUGCCUGUUUUAUCAGAGGAGGAGCAAAAUGCCCUUGCAGCUACUCCAGCCCAUCCAGCAGGAUUAUAUGCUCUUUAUGCCAGUUGUGUUGCUGGAAAUGUAGUGGAACAGCUUUGGAACUUUGCUUGGCCUUCUGCUAUUGCAUUGCUUCAUCCGAGUCUUCUACCAGUGGCCGUCAUAGGAUUCUUUGCUAAGCUAGCAAUAAUUGGUGGAGGCCCUUUGGUUGGAAAACUUAUGGAUAACUUUCCCAGAGUACCCGCAUAUAUUUGUCUGAAUGUUGUGCAGGCAUCUGCACAAUUAUUAUCUGCAUCAAUGAUAAUAUAUGCCCAUACUGUUCCUCAUACUUCUACAUCAUCCAUGCUUCUCCGUCCUUGGUUCAUUGUGCUGGUAUUAGCUGGGGCUGUUGAAAGGCUAUUUGGAGUCGCAACAGGGGUUGCUAUGGAGCGUGAUUGGGUCGUGCUGUUGGCUGGAAUAAAUAGGCCAAUUGCACUUGCGGAAGCUAAUGCUGUUCUAAGUAGAAUCGAUCUUCUAUGUGAGAUAGUUGGAGCAUCGCUAUUUGGUGUUCUUCUCUCAAAGUUUGACCCGGUGACUUGCUUGAAGUUUGCUGCCGGUUUGAUGUUAUGGUCAUUGCCUGUUGUGGUUGUUCUCACAUGGUUAACCAACAAGCUCUCUACCGGUGUUCUUGAUCGCGCUAAAACUUCACAAACCUAUUGCAAAACAUCCACUGGGGAACCUUUGCCUGAUGAUGACAAUAUAGUGGAUAUAGGUCUGGAAGCUAUUAGACAUGGGUGGAAGGAAUAUAUGCAGCAGCCAGUUCUUCCUGCAAGCCUGGCCUAUGUGCUCCUCUACUUCAACGUUGUUCUCACUCCAGGCAGUUUGAUGACAGCAUUCUUAACACAGCGUGGUCUAAAUCCAUCAAUUAUAGGGAUGUUUAGUGGAUUAUGUGCUUUUAUGGGUGUUGCAGCAACAUUUAUAUCUGCAGACUUAGUCAGGCGAUUUGGCAUUUUAAAGGCUGGAGCAAUUGGAUUGUUAUUUCAGGCUUCACUUCUCACCAUAGCUCUUGCUGCAUAUUGGAGUGGUUCUGUUGCCCAGCAUAGUCCCCUUCUUUUCUUCUUAUCUUUGAUUGUAUUAUCGAGAUUAGGACACAUGUCAUAUGAUGUUGUUGGGGCACAGAUUCUGCAAACUGGGAUCCCUUCAGGAAAAGCAAAUAUUAUUGGGACAACAGAGGUUGCAGUUGCUAGUUUGGCAGAGUCUGUGAUGUUAGGAGUUGCGAUAGUCGGAAACAACGCUUCGCAUUUUGGUUUCCUUGCAACGCUGUCACUUUUAUCAGUGGUUGGGGCAGCAUGGAUGUUCUGCCAAUGGUUGUUGAAUCCUACGGAUGAACAAAGAAGACUUUUCUCUUUUGACCCUCGGUUUUAGUUUUCAUGAAGUACAUAAGAAGCUGAACCCCUCUCUGAUUUUACAAAUUGCAUACUAAUUACUUUGUAAGCAUACCAUUUAAAACCGCCGCAAGAAUAGGCUAAAAACUGAGAAUACCAUCGUACUCUAUUUAUGCCCGCCACCGCUAGGCUCCGCCCACCCAUAAGGAUUACGGGCAGAUUUUUUUUCCCCAGUUACCUAGACAGGCAGGAUUUUUUUUCAAAAACCAUCCAAAACGAGCAGAUAGUUGGUGAAGGGUAUGUGGUUGUAGGUACUACCCGCUCAGCCGCCAAGCAUGACUAGUCAAGGAUUUUGUAUUUUGAAAAAGAACUUUAUGUCACUUGACUUCAGUUAGUUUCUCUGCAGUUGAUCUGUGGCUUUCCUUUCUGCAAAGGCUGGUUUGACAUAAAUUGGAGUCCAGAGAUAUAAACACCCCAUUUUUACAUUGUCCACAUUCAUCAAUCUACAAGACUCAGAGGUAAAAUAUAUUCUUAACUCGCCCAUCAUCUGCUCACUGUUUCCAUGGUCAAAUCGGUGAGCUGUGUAUCUGUUACACGCCUUUGUAUUAUAUGAAAUAGAUUACAAGUUUCAAAAGGUUUGAUUUUCAUUCAUGUAGGGCCGCACUUGUACAAGCAUUUGUAAAGCAUUUGAUUAAUUCAGAUUUUCUUUACUUGCUAAUAAUAAAACUUUGAUUUGGUGGUUU